AUAAAACAAGUGGCGCCCCAGCACACCACGACAGACUCCACGCGAGAUUUCUGGAGUCAAGAUAUCCACGUGGUGAAGGAGUCGUAUUCUACGUCUAAAGGUCCUCAGAGCAUGCAGCUGGCUGCCCAGGCUCGGAAACUCCUAGAGGAGUGGAGGAAAAAGACAGGAGACUCUGCGGAGAACACCCUGAGACUUAGAGAUAUCAUAGAGGAAGUAGAAAACAGUCCAGAGUACAAUAAAUUCUUGCCUAGGAUUGGUGGAGGAAAUCAGUACUCCCGUUACUUAAAGAAAGACUUUGAAAAUGCUUUACACCAAGUUCAGGAAGGACUUGUUCCUGAGACAAGAGUGGUCGAGGAGAAAACUAAAGGUGGCUACAACGUGUACAAAACAUACCAUGGACUCCACCCAGUGAGGCGCAGGCACCGCCCUCAGGUGACCUUUAACCUCGAAGGGGAGUCCCCAACAAAGCAGGACUCGCGCCCCAUGUCUGACGGUAGUCCACAGAAAAGCCCAUCAAAGAAAAGGUUUUCUCUGAAUACGAAACUGUCACCUCUCACCCUGAAUAGUAAUCUAUAUACCAGGAGGAAAAGUAAAGAGAACAGCUCUGAGACCCCGCUCAGCCGAUUUAAAGUCAGUAAGGUGGACAAGGAGGAGGGGCAGAAUUCAGACGUGAGGGACCCCCUACUGGAUUCUGAAGUAUAGAUAGAGUAGUAGCUAGAACUGGGAUUGUUAUUAGUUUAUUUAUUAUCAUGUUAUUUAUAGUUAGUGAAAUUUAUGUAUUAUAUUCCCAUAGGAUAGAAUUGCAGUCAUGUAUAAAUUAACAUAAAAGUACACUGUAUACCCUUUGUAUUUUUUCCUAUAGUCCAGACAAAAACUGCUGUAUGUGUGUACUUGUUUUAAAAGAAAUGAAAUAUUGAGGAAUGAGUGCUGUCUGUGUUCUUGUAUGCUCUACCUGUAUUGUGUAACAGAUUAAUAUGUUAUUCAAUUUAAAGGUGAUCAUGUUAAUUUCUGAUGAUAAGAACACACAUACAGUAGAUGGUAGUAGAGGCUCGUCCCGCUGUUAUAUUAAUUAGGUGUUGAAUUCCCUUCAUAUUUAUGUACUGAAUAAGUGGAAAUUAUAGCGAGGCGCAAAUUCAGCGAUUUGUCCUUAAAAAUUGGUAUUUUAUUUUUAGCGAGGUAGUUUUAAACUGCUUUUUAAAGAAGCUAUUACAAAAAAAGAGAAACUAAUUUUUAACGACAUUCAAUUAUAGCAAUGUCAAUACUCUUGCUAAUAUAAAUGCCAAAAUAAAAUCCUCGCUAAAAAUUCUGCUUAUUCGGUGUUAAGAAGCUCCCUCUCUGGCUGUGCUACUAUUAUUAUCAGAUAUUUAUGUACUGUAGAUGUCAAACCACUGCAGGGUAUAUAUAGUGAACACUGAGUUUUAUUACGCUAGCAUUAUAUUUUUAAAGGGUUGAUGUAUUUAAUUAUUGAUUACAUGUUAACAGAAUCUCCAAGGUUCAUUUUACAUUUCUAGUUUAUAGUUUCACUGAAAGUGAUUGUAAUGUUAUUUGUUGAUUUUAGAGAUUAAGGGAGAUCAGCUUUUAGUGUGUUAUAGGAAAUCAAUUAUUAAUAUACAUAUGAUCUCAUAAAGUGAAAUAGUUUAUGGCAAUUUAUAAUCCACUACCCAAAAAUGUUUUAUCCUUAUUUACCUGUAUCGAAAUAUAUAGAUAACACAUGAUAAAUCUGUCUGAUUCGACAUUUACUGAGAGACACAAUUUGUGUCUGAAAAGACAUGGUAUUGGAUUACAAAGUGUCAAGAGUGUGACAUAAGAAAACAAAACAAUGAAUAUAAAGGUCAGAAUUCACAGUGAAAUGAAUUAUACAGGUGUCAGAUUAGACAUUUUGCACUGUAUUGUUUUGAGUGAUGUUUUGUGUAAACUCUUCAGCGGAGGCUAAAAGUUGAAUUUUUAGCAGAUUGUUUUUUUUUAAUGUAUUGCCCUAAUGAUUAGCAUUUUUUUAAUGGACUAGUUUUUAAAUUCUUUAUGUUUACAAUGAGAAAGGAAAGUGCCUUUACUUGAAUUUUUAAAACUUACAAAAUAACGACAAUCUCUGAACUGACUGAUAGGCACAUCAGAAGGUAUGAACUCGUAUUCUGCUUAAAUUCUCGUCUUAGUGGUCUUAGUGCACUUAAUAGUGUUAGGUAGAGUUCUCUUCAUCUGUUCUGUAAGUGCAUGUAUAGUAUUUGUUUCUAGACACCGAAAUACUUAAUAGGGCAUUCUAACUUUUGUUAAAUUGGUACUUUGAUCUUUUUUUUAUUUAAGAUUUUGUUCAGUGUUGUCUCUGAAUGAUGAUGCUAUUUUUACAUUCCUAUAGUGUAGGAUUUCCAGCUUCUAGA